GGGACGAGCAGCCAUUCUCUCACGUUUCUGCCUUGGAAAGGUCACCUUGGAUCUGAUUGCUUUCUUAACCUUAAACCUAGGCCAAAAAGCACAGUGUCUGGGGGUCUGUGUAAAUUGUAGUAGGAACAUAAACUCCCUUCCACCUCCAUCUCCUGGUUCCAGCCACCAACGUUUUUUCUGUUCCUGAAAUCACCUAAGCUGGUCUUUCUCCUGCUGUCCCCUCCUUGGGACACUCCUUAUUUCCCAUGAGGUCACAGCUCAAAUGUCAUCUUGGCAAACAGGUUUCUCUCCUCAAAUUGACUUAUUGAUUAGGCUCUUUAUUAUCUGUUACCCCGAUAGAACAAGCUCCUCGAGAGCAGAGACCUUGCCUGUCACCUUGUCUUCUAUGUCUGUCUGUGCCUAGAAUAGUGCUUGGCUAAAAACAGGUGCUCAACAAAUAUUGAAUGGAUAAAUGUAGAAAUUCCAUUUCUUUUCUGGGUAUCCCAACCUAGUCCAAGCACCCUUUGAUGUACAGACCCACUCUUUACCCUCUGCUUUCCCUAGCUUCAAGCUCCUACACAUCCCAUGUGCCUGGACCACACGCUUACCUUUAUGCUCAGCUGCACCCCCACCUUCAGAAAGGAUGAUGACGUCCUCCGCCAAUGCUUUUUCUGUCGGCAGAUUCAGCAGGGCGGGGCCUGCCCCUUUAAUCUGGGCCCCACCUGCUCUGGUCAGACAGGUUUGGAGACACAGGUAAAGGGAGAGAGACUGAGUGGAAUACUUGCAGAGCCAGCAGGGAGCCGGGCAGCUCCUUCCCAGACGUUGGGGACCCUCCGCCUCUCCAGAUGGAAAGGUGAUAGGACCUCAUGGUAGACCCCAGAACUGAGGCCCCAGGAUGACAGAACCCGAGACUCUGGCCCUGCUGGAAGUGAAGGGGUCUGAGGCCCUGGAAAAGAGCCCACCCCAGGCCUUGGUCCCCAGUGGCCAGCAGCCAGAAGGGGAAGGUGAGGCUGAGUCCCAUGGCGCUGAGUCCUCCAAGGUGGGGUCUUCAGCUGGGUCUACCACUGCCGGAGAGGGGGCUGAGGAUGGUCUCGACAGCACAGUGAGUGAGGCUGCCACCUUGCCCUGGGGGACUGGCCCCCAGCCCAGUGCCCCAUUCCCAGACCCCCCCGGGUGGCGGGACAUUGAGCCCGAACCCCUCCAGUCAGAGCCACCCACCAAGCUAGAGGAGUUGUCCGAAGAUGAUGCCAACCUGCUGCCCGAGAAGGCGGCCCGAGCCUUCGUGCCCAUCGACCUCCAGUGCAUUGAGCGGCGGCCCCAGGAGGACCCGGCUGUGCGCUGUGAGGCGGGCGAGGGCGAGCGCCGCCGGGACUGCCUGCCGGCCCGGGCCACCCACCCCGAGCCCUGUGAGCGCAAGUGGGCCGAGGCCGUGGUGAGGCCACCUGGCCACUCCUGCGGGGGCUGUGGGAGCUGCGGAGGCCGUGAGGGGCUGAAGGCCGUGGCCUCGGUGGGAGCCGCCCUCAUUCUCUUCCCCUGCCUGCUAUAUGGGGCCUACGCCUUCCUGCCCUUCGACGCCCCACGGCUGCCUACCAUGAGCUCCCGCCUCAUCUACACGCUGCGCUGCGGGGUCUUUGCCACCUUCCCCAUCAUACUGGGGCUGCUGGUGUAUGGGCUGAGCCUCUUGUGCUUCUCGGCCCUGCGGCCCUUUGGGGAGCCACGGCGGGAGGUGGAGAUCCACCGGCGCUACGUGGCCCAGUCGGUCCAGCUCUUCAUCCUGUACUUCUUCAACCUGGCUGUGCUCUCCACCUACCUGCCCCAAGAGACCCUGAAACUGCUCCCUCUGCUCACUGGUCUCUUUGCCAUCUCCCGGCUGGUGUACUGGCUGACCUUCGCCGUGGGCCGCUCCUUCCGAGGCUUCGGCUACGGCCUCACGUUCCUGCCGCUGCUGUCCAUGCUGGUGUGGAACCUCUACUACAUGUUCGUGGUGGAGCCCGAGCGCAUGCUCACUGCAGCCGAGAGCCGCCUGGACUACCCCGACCACGCCCGCUCCGCCUUGGAUGGCAGGCCUCGGCCCUGGGGCUGAGUACCCACCCCGGCCCUGGUGCCUCGGGGGAUGAGCCCCAGCAGUGCCCAACCGUCCCCUGCUCUCCCCCGAGUCCGAGUGGGCCUUUUACCUCGGGAGCCUGGGGCCGUCAGGAGGGAGGGUUUCUUGCAGGGCAAGAGGUGGAUGGCCAUGUCCCUUACGCCUGCUGAGGACGGGGAGCCAGGACAGGGAGCAGCGGUGAGGUUCCUUCCCCAGCAGCGCCCGCGGGACCCACUGCGGCUGGCCUCUGCCCCACCCUCCAGCCUCCUGUGAGCCACAGCCAGACUGACCACUUCCGUCCCCGGUCUGAGCAGAGGGCCGCAGGGAGACUGGAAAUACUGCCCAUGCCGAAGAUAAAGGCUGGGCAUCCGAUCGUGCAGGACUUGCACGUUUGGUGGAAACCUUCCUGGGGGCCUGGGUUCAGGACCCUCCACCGCUGGCCCUCGCUGGCCCUUCAGCUUCAGUCCAGAUGAUUAAAGCUGCCGUAGCCCAGAGCUGAUACCUCCUCCCUUCCAACCCAGUCAGGCCCGGUAACCUCCCACCUCCAAACUGCUCAGAACACGCCUCUCCCAGGGGAGGAGGUGCGGAGGGGAGGGGAAGCCUGCCUCUGGAGAGGGGUAGGGGUGUGUGUGUGCAUGCCCACACACAUGGUGGCUGGGGGUGGCUGCAGGGCACGGUGGCUGAUGUGAACCCCGUGUGAAUGUGUG